CAAUUCUCCAGAUCAGCAUUACCCACUUUGAUACUCCCCAAUUGGGCUCUCCUCCUCUUCUUCUUCCUUUCAAAAUCUCAGAUAUGAUUCUUUUCAACCCAUUGUUUCUGGUGGUGUUGGCAAUCUGUAUAUUCGUGGCGAUUCGGGUUCUUCUGUAUAAAACCGGGUUGGUUUUCAUUGUGAAAAAAUGGUGGCGGGCGGUGGAGGACUGCUUCCAUGUGUACCAGUAUUUCAAGGUGCCGGAAUUCAAUGAGAGUAUGCAGGAGAAUCAGCUCUACUGCAAGGUCACACAUUAUCUCAACUCAUUGACUUCUAUUGAAGACUCGGAUUUCACCAAUCUCGUCACCGGAAAAAAGCCCAACGAAAUCGUUCUCCAGCUCGACCCGAAUCAGACUAUCGAAGAUGAUUUCUUGGGCGCCAAGGUCAUGUGGCGAAGCGAAGCAAGUAGUCAAGGGAGUAAUAGCUGCCGGAAUUUGGUGCUCAAAGUUCGGAAGGCGGAUAAGCGGCGGAUUUUACGGCCGUAUUUGCAGCACAUCCACGUCGUCGCUGACGAGCUGGAGCAACGGAAGCGGGAUUUGCGGCUGUACAUGAACGUGGACGGCUCCUCCGGCGAAGACGACGGCUUCCGGAACGCGCGGUGGAGGCCCGUGCCGUUCACGCACCCCUCGACGCUAGAGACGAUUUCCAUGGAAGCCGAUCUGAAAUCGAAGAUCAAGUCCGAUUUGGAGUCGUUUCUGAAAGCCAGACAAUACUACAAUCGACUCGGCCGCGUCUGGAAGAGAAGCUUCCUCCUGUACGGCCCCUCCGGCACCGGCAAGUCCAGCUUCGUCGCCGCCAUGGCCAAUUUCCUCGGCUACGAUAUUUACGAUCUCGAUCUCUCUCGUGUAAAAGACGACUCCGAGUUGAAGAUGCUACUCCUCCAGACCACGACCAAGUCGGUGAUCCUAAUCGAAGACUUGGACCGGUUCUUCGCCGAGAAAUCCACGGCGGUGAGCUUCUCCGGUUUGUCGAACUUCAUGGACGGCUUGCUCAACUCAUGCUGCGCCGAAGAGAGAGUGAUGGUGUUCACGAUGAACUCGAAAGACCAGGUCGACCCGAAUUUUCUCCGGCCGGGUCGGAUCGACGUCCAUAUUCAUUUUCCGUUAUGUGACUUCACGGCGUUUCGGAACCUAGCGACGAGCUAUUUGGGGGUGAAGGAGCACAAGCUGUUUCCUCAGGUGGAGGAGAUAUUCCAAUCCGGGUCGAGUUUGAGCCCGGCGGAGAUCGGCGAGCUAAUGAUCGCGAAUCGGACCUCGCCGAGCCGCGCGAUCAAGUCGGUCAUCACGGCGUUGCAAACCGACGGCGAUGGGAGGGGAGCGGGGAAGAUCGGACGGCCGCCGAGGGGGUUUGAAACCGGGUCGAGAAAGUCCGGGGACGAGUCGGGUGAACCCGGAGUGACGUUUUGUGGGGAAGGUGUGAAUACGGUUAGGGAUUUUAGGAAGCUUUACGGGUUCUUGAGGAUGAGAGGCAGCAAGAAUUCUCAGUCGUUCGAUGCCGGUUCGGAGCGGUCAGCGGGUUGAAGGGGUUGAUCUAACGGCUGGGAAUUUGAAUCUAUGGUGGGACCAUGCCAGGUGGGUAUGAUCAAGGGAAUCACAAUGGAAGUGACUUGGGGUUUUGGUGGGGGGAGGAGCAUAGAAUCAAGUAUAUAGGUUAGAAAUGCAAAAAUACAGCAUUUUUAUAAUUAAAUUUUAUACAAGCAAAAACCAAACCCAUUUGAUAUUGUGGGGGGAAUUUGAUUGUUUAGUUGGAUUUGAUGCUUUUGUAGAUAGGUGCUCAAUUGUUGACAAUUGGAAUAUGAUUCUAUCUUUUCCCCUUCUUUUAUUUUCCUUUUGGCAAACAAUUUGGGCAUGUAAAUUACAUUGUUAUGUACAAGUUAGUAGGUGCAAGAUAGAUUAUAGAGUGCACAUUGUUUGGUUGUUAAGGAAUUAAAGAAGAAGCAAGGAACACGAAAUGUGUUUUGUUUG